UCAAGCGGUUCACUUUUCUUUUUUUAAAUCCUAGAAAUCUAUUGAACAAGCAUGCACCUUCAGUGCAGGUGAUCAGUGCUACUUCAUUAUAAAUAAAGUGACUAACUCUCACUAUACUCACACUCUUAUCUACUGUUCUUCGUUAUACUUAAAAUAAGUAUGGCUCUUUUGCUUACCAGCUCCUUGGAGAUCCUAAUGGGGGUUCUCCUCCUCCUCUUAGCGCUCUUUCUUCGUAAGAACGCUCGUAAAUUUCAUGACGAUCGAAUCCCUGUCGAAUGGCCAAUACUCGGAAUGUUGCCAGGUCUUUUCCAGGAGGUUCAUCGUAUCCACGACCGGUGCGUGGAAGUGUUCACGGCCUCCGGAGGGACGUUCUUGUUCAAGGGACCGCGUCUCGCGCGACUUGACAUGCUAGCCACGGCGGAUCCGGCUAACAUCCAUUACAUCAUGAGCUCCAACUUUCAUAACUUCCCUAAAGGUCCUCUUUUCCUCAAGAUGUUCGAUUUUCUCGGGGGAGGAAUAUUCAACUCGGAUUACGAUGACUGGAGAUUCCAGAGGAAACUAGCCCGGUUACUCCUCACGCACCGCCGGUUCAACCGGUUCUUGGCAAAGACGAGUUUUGACAAAGUCGAGAACGGAUUGAUCCCGAUUCUUGAGAUGACGGCUGCUCGUGGAUCGGUUGUUGACCUGCAGGAUGUGUUUCAAAGGUUGACUUUCGACACGACGUGCACUUUGGUCACUGGUUACGACCCCGGAUGUCUGUCGCCGAGCAUGCCUGAUGUGCCGUUCUCGAAGGCCAUGGACGACGCGGAGGAGGCGGUUUUUCUCCGGCACGUCGUGCCUGAGUCGGUUUGGCGGUUCGAGAGGUGGGUCGGGAUCGGACCGGAGAGGAAGUUGAAGGAGGCGUGUCGCGUACUCGAUAGCGUAAUCGGGAGAUACAUAGCGAUGAAACGAGAAGCGCUCGGCGAAAGGAACGUCAAUAAAGGAGGAGGAGGAGGAGGAGAAGAGAAAGAAGGAGGAGUGGAUCUCCUUACGUCAUACCUACUCCAAGACGACGAGACGAUGGAAAACGUGGGAUUAACGAAUCCCGACGACAAGUUUCUCCGGGACACGAUCCUUAACCUAAUGAUCGCCGGGCGAGACACCACCAGCUCGGCGUUGACAUGGUUCAUAUGGCUCGUAUCGAACCACCCGGAUAUUCAAACCAAGAUUCGGGACGAGCUCGAAUCGGUGUUACCGGUAGACGAGAAGAAGCAGGAAAGUAGAAAAUGGCAUAUUUUCAAGGCAGACGAGCUUAACAAACUAACAUACCUUCACGCGGCUAUGUGUGAAUCGUUAAGGCUAUACCCGCCGGUUCCAUUCGAACACAAGGAGGCUGCCAAACCGGAUAUCCUCCCUAGCGGACACAAAGUGGACCCGAACGUUAAGGUUCUAAUAUCGCUGUACGCGAUGGGAAGAAUGGAGUUCAUAUGGGGAGAAGAUUGUUCAAAGUUCAAACCGGAGAGAUGGAUUUCUGAGAAAGGGACGAUAAAACACGAACCGUCUUACAAGUUCAUGGCGUUUAAUGCGGGUCCGAGGACAUGUUUGGGUAAGGAAGUAGCGUUCACACAAAUGAAAGUGGUAGCUUCGGCCAUAAUUCACAACUAUGAAAUCGAGACUGUAAAGGGUCAUAAUGUGGAGCCCAACUGUUCUAUUAUCCUUUACAUGAAACACGGUUUUAAAGUUAAAGUCUCAAGGAGAUCGAUCGAUCGAUCAAACUGCAAGCUAGAACACAAGACAGUCGUCUGAGACAGAUCGAUGCACGAUCAUUCGCUUUAAUUAAACACUCAAUGCAUGCAUUUGUUUCAAUGUUUAUAUAUAAUUAAAUAACACCAUCAUCAUCAUCAUCUUGAAGAAUAAAAACUCUACCAUCAAAUCAAAUCAAAUCAAAUC